AUGCCCUCCACCCGCCUCUCCACUUUCGCCCUCGCCCUCGUAGUCUCCGGUAAGCUUCUGGAAAGCAAUGCCCUCGCCAUCAACAGAGACCACUCGAUUGGAUUUUCUUUUAAUGCUUAUCAUAAACCGACAAAUGACGCUUCGUCCACGAACAUGACUUUUGGGACUCUCAUUUCAGUUACUAGUGAAUCAGACUUGGAGUACCUUGGCAAGGUCAACGUAGGAGGACAAGGCAAGUGGUGCAUAUUAUCCGGGGCCACAUUCACUGACAUUUUCGACCUAGAUUUUAACCUAGUGAUCGAUACCGGGUCCAGCGAUUUGUGGGUUACUGGUCAACAAAUCAAGAUUGACAAAAAUACAUCCGAUAAACUCAACCUUACUUAUGGGAUUGGUUCCGCCUCAGGAAACAUCGCUUACACUACUGUUCGACUCGGGACUUAUGAAGUGCAAAAUCAAGCAUUCCUAAAUGUUGAUACAACGUACCAGCAAGCGGCCCAAGGAAUUCUCGGCCUUGGCUUUAUAUCUCUGUCCGGGAUCGAGAAAAAGGUCAACAAUAAGGCUGCCCGCCCUAUCAUGGCAAGCAUUUUUGAACAAAACUCUUCGACACCGAAUUUCGUGGCUUUGGCACUCGAGCGAACGACUGAUCAAGAGGAUACAUCCGGAGGCAUUAUUACGAUUGGAGAAUACGACCCACGAUUCAAGAACGUUGCUGGAACAACUAAAUACCCCCUUGCGCCUGCGACGUCGUCGCGCUGGACUAUCGCACUGUCGGGCAUGCAGGUCAAUGGCCACAGUGUAACUCUUAAGUCAGCAGUCAAGGGAACGAAGAAGGGGACUGCUAUUUCCCUCAUCGACAGCGGAACCAGUUUGGCAUACAUUCCUUCCGAUGCCGUGGAUGCGAUAUACGGUGCCAUCAGUGGAUCGGUCCAUAUAAAAACAAACGGGCAAAAUUUCUGGAUCACGCCAUGUUUAGGCCAGGCGAAUGUGUCUUUCUCAUUCGGCAACGAUCAUUUCCCAAUUAACCCUCUCGAAUUGACGAGGCCGGCGACUUUUACUGACGGCGGCAACCAAUACACUGUUUGUGUCUCUGCGUUUCGCCCGCAACUGUCAAGUACGGACUCAGACAUGGACUUUUUGCUUGGUGACAUAUUCAUGCGCAACGUCUACUCUGUCUUCAACUUUGGCAAUAUCACAUCCAGCAGCGACGACAACAAGGAUGCUUCGAUCCAAUUCCUCUCAAGAUCAAAUCAGGAUCAGGUUUAUCAAGAGUUCCAACAACAACGCACUCAGAACCUAAAGAACCUUCCUCCGUUGUACGACGUGUCUAAAAUCCAUUCCGACGGAACUUCUGCGGGCGGCGGACGCAUCAAUUCCCGAUGA